AUUGAAUUUGCUAAUUAAAAUCUUAUUCAAACUCCAGUUGAAAGCCAGAAUUAUAGGAAUUAAAGUCAAGAUGAGUUCACUGCCAGAACAACAACAACUUCCAUCAAAGGAAGAGAUGGAUUUCUUGCAGGCUGUUCAAGUUGCUACAUCAGCAGUGCUCCCUUUUGCCUUGAAAACUGCCAUUGAUCUUGAUUUGUUAGAGAUCAUAGCGAAAGCUGGUCCAGGUUGUAUGCUUUCUCCUGCUGAGAUAGUCUCUAACCUUCCUGCUAACAACCCUGAUGCUCCGAAUAUAAUUGAUCGUAUCCUUCGAGUUCUUACUGCUCAUUCAAUUUUAGCUUGCAAUCUUGUUACUGAUGAAGAUGGACACACGAAAAGGUUAUAUGGUAUAACUUCAGUUGGCAAAUACUUCCUUCAAAAUGAAGAUGGAACUUCUCUAGCUCCAAUGCUAAAACUGGUCCAGGAUAAACGUUUAAUCGAGUGUUGGAACCUCUUUAAGGAAGCAACAUUGGAAGGUGGAUUAUCAUUGGUCAGGGGAUUUGGGAUGGACUUGUUUGAGGUGGUUGCAAAAGAUAGAAAUUUAGCCAACACUUUCAACCAAUUGAUGUCAAACCACACUACCAUAGUCAUGAAAAAAAUUUUAGAAAUUUACAAGGGAUUUGAGGGCUUAAGUCAAGUGGUAGAUGUGGCUGGGGGAUUGGCAACAAACCUUAAGCUGAUUGUUUCUAAGUAUCCACAUAUUAAGGGAAUUAACUUUGAUUUGCCCUUUGUUCUUAAGGAUGCACCCAAUAUCCCAGGUGUGGAGCAUGUAGGGGGAGAUAUGUUCACCAAAGUUCCUCAUGGAGAAGUGAUUUUCAUGAAGUGGAUACUUCACGAUUGGGGAGAUGAACAAUGCUUGAAGUUAUUGAGAAAUUGUCAUGAAGCAGUAGCAGAGAAUGGGAAAGUGAUAUUAGUAGAAUCCAUAGUGCCAGAACUGCCCAUGACUGACCUUGUCACAAUAGCAACAGUUAAUCUUGACUUGGGCUUGCUCCAACUGGUCCCUGGUGCAAGGGAGAGAACAAAGAAAGAGUUUGAGAAAUUGGCAACAGAAGCUGGAUUCACUACUUUGAAACUUGUUUGUCGUGCUUAUAACUAUUGGGUGAUGGAAUUGUACAAAAUAUGAACUACUUACAGCAAUAAAAUCUUCAGUCUAAGUUUGAUCAAUUCACACCCAUGUUUUGAAUUUUCCCAUAAACUUUGAAUAAAGGGAUGUUGCAUAUGUCACGGGCU